AUGGGAAUCGAACGUCACAAAUACAGGGAGCGCCAAAUGACGAUACAGCGAACCGGCGGGAAAUGGUCAGCCCGGGCGUUAAUGUUGUAUAAUCUACUUUUCUGGGCCAGCGGUGUAGUGCUUGUCAUUAUCGGAAUCUGGGUCCAAGUGGAUCCGAGACGAAGCUAUGUACUGCGAUUGGUCCACCUCUCCGAGCGGGAACCGUAUUUAGUAUGGGUUGCCUGGAUUUGUAUCAUUACGGGUGUCUUCACGCUGCUGAUCGGGUUUGUGUCUUGCUGUGCGGCCGUGAAACGUUUGAGAUGUAUGACAGCAACGUUCAUCCUCUUUCUUGUCGUAUUUUUCAUGGCGGACAUUGCCAUCGCGACGCUGGCGUUAAUUUACCGAGACCAGUUUACCCUCGAUUAUACAAAGUUGUACCUGACGAAUAUGACCCAGAAUCGAUACAGCCGUGACUAUUGGGUCCAGCCGUUGCUGGACACUAUCCAGUUUUAUCUAAGAACUGGACAACUGAAGGAGGCAAUAAGUUUGGUGACCCGUCGGGAUUAUGGCGUGAAUCUGGACGGCGCGUACUAUCGCCGCGUCACCGCUGAUAUCGACAAGCUACAGUAUUAUGGCGAGUGCUGCGGGGUGCUCGGGCCUUCCGACUGGGCAAGUUCAAGAUGGAGGGCCCGGAUUGAAGGGGCGCAGGAAAUAGAGGUACCCCUCGUCAGCGAAACCGAAACGAACCCGCUGUACCCCGAAUCAUGUUGCACCUUGAUCAAGGAGGCAACACCUCUGAUCCCGGUGGCAAAAAGCUUGGCACGAUGCCAGCGAAUCGACGCGCCGGCGAUUUGGCGUCAUUCUAGGCAACAAUGUUGUGGUGGGACUGGGCCUCAAGAUUACGAGAAUUCGUUCUGGUUUAUUACGAAUCAUUUACGCGGCACCGUGUCUUGGGUGCCACCAUCAUGUUGUCGGCAAACACAGGCGGCGCGUGCAUGGUCGAUCCAGCCGAUUGACCCGAUGUGCAUCACCUACCACUAUAACCAAACGGCUUUCCGCUCGUCCGUCUAUCUGGAGGGUUGUUACGAGCGACUGCACAAAUGGCUCAACGACAUGACGCUUAUGUUUGCGGUACUUGGCUUCUCUUUCGCUGCCUUCAUGUUCGUCGGCAUCAUCAUCUCACUAUGCCUCUGCAACAGCAUCCGGUACUAUGUGCAAGUAGAAGAAUAU